UUUAGAAUGUGUUUCAGUCAGUUUUAACCGUUGAAAAAGAAGAAGAUCAAUCCGAAUUGCGAAAUUGCACAGGAAAAGGCGUUUACCGUUUUCCCUCGUCAGUAUUGAUUAAUUCUCUGUUUAAAUCUGACUAAUUCAUAUAUAGCCGAAAAGAGAAGAAAAAGAAUUCAAAAAUGAAUACCGGCGGCGGAGCUGGCGUUGCCGACGAGUACACGAGCACCUCCUCCUUCAUGCAACUAAGCCACGAGGCGUGGCGGCGCUACCAGCAUCUCCUCGACAAAUCGACGCCGCUGGUGCUGUACCGGUGGAUCUUCCUGGCGGCGAUCGCGGGGGUAUACGCGCUGCGCGUCUACUUGGUUCAGGGGUUCUACAUCAUCACUUACGGCCUAGGAAUCUAUAUCCUGCAGCUGCUGAUCGCAUUCCUGUCGCCGCAGGUGGACCCCGAGAUCCAGGGGCUGACCGACGGCCCCGCUCUCCCCACGCGCGGCUCCGAAGAGUUUCGCCCCUUUGUCCGCCGUCUCCCUGAGUUUAAGUUCUGGCAUUCACUCAUAAAGGCUUUUUGUGUUGCUCUUUUGUUGACGUUCUUCAGUGUCUUUGAUGUGCCUGUAUUUUGGCCAAUUCUUCUGUUUUACUGGUCGGCUCUGUUCUUUUUAACUAUGAGGAGGCAAAUCAUGCAUAUGAUUAAGUAUAAAUAUGUCCCGUUCACAUUCGGGAAGCAGGUGUGUCCUCAUUCAAUCCAUUGUUAUAAACUUCUUCCAAAGCCAUUCUUUUUAGUUUUAACUUUUCAGUUACCUCCCAUGUUAAAUUUCUAAAUCUUUUGCUUCAGCGUUAUGGCAAGAAGGCAGCUCCUACUGAUGAGACAAACACUGGAAGACCAUAGUUCUUAAGGUAGAUUAGGGCAUUAGAAUUCUGAAGAUUCACAUGUUUCCGUCAAAUUUUGAUUGUGAUUACUGUACUCCUUUUAGUAUUCAUGUGUAUCAUCAGCAAUUAAUUCUUUAGGGGGCUAGUGACCUUUCUUGAAGUUCAUUUUCCUGUGUUUAAGUGCUGUCGUUUCUUAACUCCUGCUAGGUAUAGCUUACUACACCUGGGAUUUCAUUAUCUGAUCGGCGAUAUGUAAACUUUCCUGGUCAAUUACAUUUCUUUGCCCUGCCCUGUUUUUUAAUUUUUUAUGAAAUAUGUGAGAGAUUUUUAUGCA